UUGUUGAUUGUUAUGUAGUUACAUACGUUUUCAUCAAAUACAUUUUGCUAAACAUUUUAUUCAAAAAUUAUCAAUUAAAAACUUCACCAAAUAAUGUCAGACUCUGAUCAGGAUCCAGUUGAGGUAAUGCUAAAGAAAACUGGCUGCAUUGAAUUACAUUACAAAGUACAAGAGUGUAUUGCGGAAACCGGUGAUUGGCGCAGUUGUCAGGAUAAGGUGAAAGAAUUCAAGGACUGUAUGCAAAAGUAUGUUGAUGCCCAGAGCAAAAAAUACGCCCAUAUUAAGUAAACUAACAAAUUAAGACAAAACAGCAAUUAUAAUUUACUUAAAACCCAAACACAAGAUGACGAAAUUAUUACAAUCUGCUUUGAAAAUGGUCAAAUCUUUACCCUGUCCUCCCACUAAGCUAGCGCUAAUAGUCCGUGCCGAUUUAAAAAUGUCUAAAGGUAAAACUGCUGCCCAAUGUGCUCAUGCUGCUGUGCUAUGUGUUCAGGAAGCUCAGUCUAGUAAUGAUAAGCAGGCUCAACAACUUUUGGAUUCCUGGUUGGUGAAGGGACAACCAAAAAUUGUUUUAAAAGUAGAUGGCGGUUACGAUGAUCUGAUUCAGUUACAACAGAAAGCUGCGGAGUGUGGGGUUGUAUCAGCGUUAGUGCAGGAUGCUGGCCGCACACAAUUGGCUGCCGGCACAGCUACUGUUUUGGGUAUAGGACCUGAUACCGUAGAGAGGAUUGACAAAUUAGUGGGCCAUUUAAAGUUAUUGUAAAAAAAAUAAAUGAUAUUGUAAAUAUUUUAUUUGUUAAUAAAUAUUAGUUGUGUUAACUAAA